GAAUACAUUGCAGUUGCAGAUUGCAUACCGACGUCACGCUUUAAACUAUACAAAAUUCGUAUAGUCUUUCAAUUCAAAGGUCGUUUUCAAGUAUCGUACAACUCCUGUUGUUUUAAAUAAUUUCAGCAAUACUUAACAUGCAAGCAAUAUCGCAGUUAACGAGGAUAAAACCGAGAUGCGUGAAAACUUUAUUGAAUUCUACAAACCAGCUCUGGACUGUGACAGUAACGUCCAAGUUUUGCGGAGUAAGAAAUACUAACGAAGUUCCAGAAAAAGAUGAUUCCCUGGAAGCUGAGAGGAAAUUGUCCAUCGAGAUAGACGACCUAAAGAAAGAAGUUGAAACACUUAACAAUAAAACGAGAGAGCUUGAUGAUAAGUACAAACGAGCUCUUGCUGACGGAGAAAACUUGCGACGUCGAUUGACGAAGCAGAUCGAAGAUGCCAAACUCUUUGGUAUACAAGGUUUCUGUAAAGAUCUUCUUGAAGUGGCGGAUAUUUUAGGACAUGCAACUGAAGCCGUACCUAAGGAAGAGGUAAUUUCAGAUAAGAAUCCUCAUUUGAAGAAUCUAUACGAAGGGCUAACAAUGACCAAGGCACAGCUUAACCAGGUGUUCAAGCGUCAUGGAUUGGAACAAGUUAAUCCAUUGAAUGAAAAGUUCAAUCCCAACCUUCAUGAGGCGUUAUUCCAACAGGAAGUGCAAAAUGUAGAACCAAACACAAUAGUAGUGGUGAGCAAGAUUGGAUACAAGCUGCAUGAGCGGUGCAUACGACCUGCUUUGGUAGGAGUAGCAAAAGGAUAAUUCUGGUUAAAACAUCAAAAAAAUUGAAUAAACAAAUUCCGGUUUAUUUGUUGUACUAUUUCGAGGUUUGAUUGUAUUACCAGUUGCGCGGAACGAUAUAUUAAACAAUAGUUUAGUUAAGAAUGUGAU